ACGGAAGCAAUGUUUUGGUUUCUGUAGCGGGUAAACCAGAUGCAUGUACGCGAGCUCAAUGCUCAAGCGAUUAUGGAGCAUUUUCAUUAAAUGAACUUUUGGGUGUGAAUUUAAGAGACAGUGUAAAUGGUUGUCGUUACGACCGUGGUAACUGCACGUUUUGUACCAAGUGAAUGCGCUGUGUUGUUACAGGCGUGUUUUCGACCAAGCUAAAUAACGUAGCUUGCUAACACUAGCGAAUCAUGUCAGAGAAGCAUCUGAAACUAAAGCUGAAGCGAAAGAAAGCGGCCAUUCAGGUGGACAAAUGUGAACAGAAUUCAAGUAUCGUUGUGAAAAAAAGUACCGGAGUACCUAUUCCGUUCUCAUCUUUUGAAAGCGAUCUACGCUCAGAAGCAACCGAAGAUCCAUAUGACAGUAAACCAGGGGAAUGGUGGGACAGGCCUGACCUCCAAGCCGUGGAGAAGCUUUGGGCUGUGACUCUAAAGUCUGCCACCGCCUAUGUAGGCCACAGUGUCUGGGAGACUGUGCCUGACCUCCCUCCGGCCUCUCCGCUGACGCGUUCCGUAGAAGAAGAGAGUGGAUGGAGGUGGUGCAGUUUAAGUGAGGAGGUGGACCCUCUUCCCUCUCCUCCCAAACCGACUGUCGGCUCCUCACCUGUCCUGGCUGCACGUGGGCCCAGUGCCCAGCUCCGCCCCGCUGAUUCAGGUCCGGUGUCCGAGGGCGCGGCAACUCUGCCGAACCCCGCCCCACAGAAGGGCCGUCUGAGCUCUGCCCCCGCUGAGGAGGAGGCAGCAGAGGGGACGCACACGCGGAACCCAGGACCCCUCGCCCACCAGCCACAGAACAGGACGGGACGGCAGGCUCAGAGCCCUCCGUCCUCGCGGAAGGUCCCGGCGGCGGGGGGGGCGGGGCGGGGCGGCGGAGCGCGCGAGGAGAACCGGGCGGCGGGGGGAGCCUCGUUAGCGGGAGCCGGGAGCGGGGGAGCCGAGGGAGGCGGGAUCAAACGGCGGCUGCCCGCGCGCGCGGGGGGCGGGUCUGACAGCCACGCUCCAGAAGAGCGGCACGGGCGCGCCAGACCCCCCCAGGGGGAGGGGGACGUGUCUGGGAAAGCUCACACCCAUCGCCCGUCAGCUGGGGCAGCCGCCGCCGCCGCCACCAUGGAGAACUGCCCCAUGUGUCUCCUGCCCUUUCCCUCUGGGUUCACCCAGAUGGAGUGUGACAGCCACCUGGCCAAAUGCUUAUCUGAGAUGAACGACGAUAUGACAUGGUGACUCCCACGCCGUUACCCCUUCCACAUCUCCUGCACCCCCACCCCACCCCCCCAUUAUAUUGCAAUCCAAGAUCAUAAGAAGUUUAGUUGGUGCUGCUGAGUAUUUGUGCAUUGGUCAAGCCAAGAGGACAGAACUUGGCCCAGUGCAUUUUUUUUUGGGGGGGGGGGGGGGGGGCGCAGCACUCAUCCUCUCACCCUUCCUGUCUUCUCUUUAACCCCCUUUCGUGAGCCCUCGGACUCAGAGUUCAGCUGGUUUGCUCACGGUGUAUUUUUGUCAGCCUUUCCAAUUUACCUUUAAAGAAAUGUCCCGGCAAAAAUUCAAAAGACAGUGGCAGUUGGGCUGAGCAGGUUUUACCACCUGAACGCUCAGCGCGCACUUAAUGCUAACCCAGCUAACACAAAAUGUUACCGAUGUGUUCUGUCAGUGUUAUAUCAUUGCCACAGUAAUGCAGCAAAAUUAUGAGAUUGUUUUGUGUGAUUGCAUAUGAUUUAAUAUACUCUCAAGGACUCCAGGUAUAAUGUUGAUGUAUGGAAAAAUUAAAUAACGCAUCUCCUUUAUCAAAAGACA